AAUUUCGGGUGGAGGAAAAUCAAUUUUUCUUUAACACUUUCCAGUUAUGAGCCGUUUUUGAAAAAAGGUUUCAGACACAUUCUAUUCACGAACUCAAAGUUGAGACCAAUGUUUAACGCAUUAUUUUUUUCAAACAUUAUUUUGACUUGUCAAUUCUAGACUAAAGAGAUAACUUUACCAGAAGUCAGAAUCGGAUUUCCCGCGAUCUGUCAGAUUCAUUGUUAUCAUGGACAAGGCGUCCCGUGCAAUAAGAAGGAGUGGUGUAAAGUUACUGUCUCUCAGUAGUGGACAUGGUGACCUAAAUGUACUCGUAUCAGAUAUCAAGGACAUCAAAAACUGUGCCAAGGCUUUUAUGAAUGCUCAGAAUCUAGCUUCUCAGGAUAUGUCAAGAUGGGCAUCACAUGAAGAAAAUAAGGCUGUCCAGAUCUAUCUAGUGAUUUAUCAUUUUGACGGCAUCCAUGAAAGUCAUCUAAAGGAGUACAGACAGAUGUUUGAAAUGAUUCUGGAAGGAGAAAAACAUGUAACACAAGCUAAAGAUAACCUGGACUAUUGUCAGGAGAAAGAAAUGAAAGUUAGAAAGGAAAUGAGAAAGGUUGCUAAGAGAGCAUCAGCAAUUGAACUGAGAAUUUUACAGUCAAGAGUAGAAAUGGCAGAGAAAGCUAGGGAAGGUGCUCAGUCUGAAGUGAGUGAAAGAGUAAGAGAAAAUGAAGCAGUAAAACUGAUUAGAUUAAAAGAAGGAUUGUUGAAAAUGUCCUCAGCUUAUAUGGAACUUGCUAGCCAGUGCAAUACAAUUUUUAUGGCAGAGAGGGAUAUCGCCCUACAGCUUCCAGAUGUUCAUGGUAGAGAGAUAGAAACUAUCAAAUAUUCAGGUGCAGGAACAACACGUUUUAUAGUUGAAAAGGCCAAGGAAAAAGUGCAAUCAUACGCUAGUUCAGAUGUGUCUAGUGACCCUCCCCCACCUUACACUCCGCCCGAAUCCAGCAACAGGGCCUCAAACCAUAGAUCCUCAGCUGAGUCUUCCAGAAUCCCACAUAGUUCUUCCGAUCAGCGGCUUGUUCAGUCACAGAUAUAUGAUACACCCAAUGUAAGACCUAAUCCAGCACAACACCGCCACUCAGUGCCAUAUGAUACAAGACCUUUGCCUGGAAAUAGAAGAAGCAGUGAUUAUCAUCUUCGCUCAAGGUCCGACAAUAAUAUGUGCCAAAUGAACCAGUAUACAGAAUGUUCAGGGAUGCCUACUGUUAGAUCUAGUCAGUCCUUACCAGGUGAAGGCAUUGCCUACCCAUCUCAAGGCAUAAUAAGAGAAAAUUCUGGAAAUACUCUAUCCUCACAAGGCUCUGCACAAGGCAUAGCUUAUUCAUCUCCAGGUAUAUCUUCUACUGAAAGACGAUCAGACCAAGAAGGUGUGUCAAUGAAUGCAAUUAACCAAUCACCUGCUGAGACAUUUAUCCAUACAAACAUUGUUCAGAUUCAGCAAGUUGUAGAUUUACCACCUUUAGAAGCCAACUGUACCAAAGCUAGAGAGACUCUGGGAGCAGAAUAUAACACAGAUUCUACUAAUCCUAAAAGAUGGGCAACAGAACAUUCCAGUAGUGGUGCAGAUUUUGAAGAUAAUUUCCAGUUUGCUGAUGAAGAUGACCAGUUAUCUGAUGUGGGCACCAAUGUGCGACCAGUACCAGCACCGCGACGUUGUAGUUCAGGUGAAGGGUAUGCAACAGCUGAAGAAGAGAAUGAAGGUGCAUGUAAGGAUAAGAAUUGAUCGGAUCACUUUAUAUGUUCUACAGAGUUACUGCUCCAUCCUAGUCAGUUUAGAAGUGAUACAGUUUAACUUUAGUUAAUGACACCUUUAACCUUUACCCUGCUAAAUUUCUAAAAUGGACUGGUCCAUCAUUCAGAUUGGGCAGUACCACUUAUUAUUCAAAGGGGUGUUCUCUGAAAAUUUACUGACUGAAUAGCGAAUAGUGCAGACCAUGAUCAGCCUUAAUGGAUGUGCAGGUUGAUCUUGGUCUGCACUGGUCGCAAAGGGAGAAUCACUUGCCACCAGCAGGCUAAAGGUUAAUGACACCUAUAAAGGCAGAUCUUUUUACUUGUAGGAUCUGUUUCAUUACGAAUGUUUUUCUCCAGGAGCAUAGCCUCUUUACAACAAACAUAUACUAGUUCUCUAUAGAUGUUUCACAGGACUAUUCAUCACAGAUGUCCAGCAUAGUUCCAAGAUGAAUCAUGGGUAUUAAAUAUUUUAUCAGUAACCAGGUGAUUACUGUUUUCUGUUCAGGGUUUUGAAACUUCAUAUUUGAAGUAGGAUUUUUAUGUAAAUUGCCAAAAAAAAAAUAACUAAGUUGAACACCUGUGAGGAAGUUGUGAAAGACUAAUGACCAGUUGUUAUUACAGGAUGUUAAGUUAUCAAAGUCAUUCCAUUAUCACCUGUGUUUUAAGGUGAGAAAGGCGGCAAUAAGUUGGAUUCCAUGAUUUGGACUAUUUUGCUUAACACAAUAAUACUAUUUAUAUAUAACAUUUUAUGUAAAUGGCUUAAAACACAAACCAUUUAAAGGGUGGUCAGUCACAUUUGAGCAACAUUUUAUGAUAUUUUUCAGUUUUUAUAUAUUCUGUUAGAGAUUUAUUUAAGGAACAAAAAGAACCAUUACAUAGAGUUAGAUCCCUAAUUGGAAAUGUGUAUUUUAUUUUCUUUAUGAAAUUUUGUAAUUACCUCCCUUUGAUAUAAAAUAACUAAAAUUUGAUUUCAAUAUAAUUUCCAGUUUUACAUUUGCAUUUGAUAAAUAUUGGGAAAUGUCAACUACCUCAAACAAAAGGCAUGUUAUAAAACAAAUGUGUAGCUUCGGAUUUAAUCUGUUUUCAAUCUAUCUUGGUAAUGUGCAGCUGAGAUAGACAAAGGGAGGUAAUAAUAAUUUUAUAAAUUUGGAUUUUUAAUAAAUGUAGGCAAAAUAUGACUUAUCAAUGCAUAAAUUAUUUUAAAACACUUCCAGUGAAAAUCUGACAUAUGUUAAGAACUCGGUGAAGACAAAUAAGUGUAAGUGAUCAGUUGGUUAAGUUGUGAACAAAUACAUUAGUUGACCAAAAUCUGAUUUACUACCUAUACCUGUAUGCGACCUAUGUUUAUGUGAUACUAUUUGCAUGCAUUCCAGUGUUUCAGUAUCUACCAAUCAUUUUUGGUUAGGGAUUUACUGUUGAAAGUGUUCAGAACAUACAUACACCUUAUAGAUAUACUAAAGUCAAGGUGAUUACAUGUUGUAUUUCAUAAUUUAUAUUCAGUGAUACUUUUUCUGGCAUAUUAUUUAAUGUGAAAUGUACAAUAUUGUUAAUAUAUUAGUUAUACCUCCCAGUAAGUAAGGGGAUAUAUUGAUUUUGUGCUGUCUGUCUGUCUGUCUGUCUAAUACAAGUAUGCACAGACUACUUCUGAAACUAUCUCGGGAAUUUCAACCAAAGAUUGUAGAGGGUCAGUAUCAAGGUUAUUUUCGCAUAUUGGCAACAUUUUCUGUUCUUCUUAAUUUUUCACUGCUUUAGGUAUUUUUUAAUGAAGUUUUUCCAGACUACUUCUCCUAUACUGCUGACUGAAUUUGAAUGAAACUUCAUUGGAUAGAUCUUAACCAAGCCUAGUUGUGCAUAUUUUAUGGCUUUUUUCAUUGAUUGAUAUUUGGUGGAGAUAGGAACCUUUAAGAAAAAGCUUUAUUUCUCUACUUUUAUUCUUGCAUCAUCAUUUCUUCAUCAGUCUUAUUCAUAGUUAACACAGAAUGUAAAUAUCUUUAAAAGCUUGUUUAAGAGUUGUAUUAGGCAGGAUCAGAAUAGUAAGUCCAGAGUUAUAUGCCCUUGAUUUAUUUAAAAAGUCAUAUAUCACUGUGUUUACGCUUAAAGACCCACCACAUCUUAGUGAUUUAGUUUUUCUGCCCACAUGAAUGUCAUGAAAAUCAUUAUGAUAAUAUAGGUAUAGUACAGCUAUACUACAUGAUAACAGGUGGAGCAUUUAGGUCCUUUCCGAACUAAUUCGUUUUUACAACUUCAUCUUAUUCAGUUACUCUUUUCAGUAUAAUUUUAAAAACAUUGGUAAAUAACUGUCUUAAACUGUAAAGACAAAAUAUGGUCUAACCCUAUCUAAAUCAUCAAGUUCUAUGCAUACUGCUACAUUAACUCCAUAAAAUGUUAAGACAUUAAACACAUUGUCUUGGCCUAAUAUUAUGUCACUGUCAGUUUAUAACUAGAUACCUGUAUUUUUCAUGCAAGUCAUGUAUAAUUAUCAUGGAAGGAUCUUUAUGCACCUUCAUUUCUCAACCAAUCUUUAUAUUUACACAGACUGUGUAUCCCAAUGAGAUCUCUUUCAAGUUUGUGUAUUGGCUAUAUCAUAUUAGUAGGUUGAGAGUUAUUUACCAUUGAAUUAUCAAAAAAUGCUAUAUUUCACUGUUUACUCUAGUAUAGUUUGCAAUAAGUCUUGUAAAGUCAGUGUCAUGCUAGAGUACUGGUAUCUUCAGACGAUUGAUGAGUUAUGUUCUCUUGAUUUAGUAAUAACUUUCAGGUAACAUUUAUAUUCUAGGUAACUUAUGUAUUAGUAUAUAUAAAAGUACCAAACUUGGUAUGUGAAUUCAUGUGUGAGAAUACUUUACGCAGAUGUGGUCUUUGUGAACUUGACCUUUAGUUAAGAGCAAUGAUAGUCAGGUGAGCAAUUAAAAACCUUGUGGCCCUCAUUUUUGCAUUUGUUGAUCAGAUAUGUUGCAAACAAUAUCCUGUUUACUUUGAAUGAUUUAAUUUUUGAGUCGGCUAAACGAUGUAAUCGUUUUGACGAGUCCUUGCUAUCCAGCAAUUCUCUAAGUCUAAAUGGACCAAAUAACACAGUGAAGCGAUGUAGUUCCAUUAGAUUUCUCAAACUUCAAACAGUUCACUGCAAGAAUGAAGUUAAGUUGCGUGAAUUCCCUUUGCUAUGACCAAUAUACGAUGUAAUCUGUCAUAUUUAUGACUUGUAAUUGUGCAAUACUCGAAUGUAACUCAUUAAGCAUAAAUGUGCAUUUUAUGAAUUGCGCAGGCUUACAAAGCUUGCGUAACAUCCAGCGAAAGACAAAAAAUAGUUCCACAGGGCUCCAGGUAAGAUGCGUAUUAGCGUAAAUUACGUAUAGAAAUAAUGCAAAUACGCAUGUCUAAUAAUUUCUAAACAUAUAUAAAAUAACAGAAAUGCACACAAUGCUUUUUUAAAAACAAAAUCUGAAUCGUCUGGAUGCGUUAGGUAACAUAGCCGAUCCCGAUCAGCCUUAAUUCUCCCACAUUGAACGUAUACACGCAUCGUAUGAUUUCUAUAAACUUUGCGUGGGUUUCUACACACACACAUGAAUUUUGCAGUCAGUAAACGGAUAAAUUAACGGAAGAAGAAGCUCUUACUGGUUUGUUUAGUUACUACAGAUAUUAAAAAUGAUUUUAAUUCUUAUUUUUCGAGAAAUAAAAAAAUCGGCGAAACAUUAAAUUGUUUUUUCUUGUAGUUUUUGAAAUCGAAAGUAGAUCGUCUAUGUUUGGCGAAACGAAACAACUUUUUUAUGAAAAGAUUUAAAUAAGAGGUAAUUUAACCGUAAACUUCAAUGUCAGAUACUGCCAAUUGCUGCUAAAUGUCUUCGUAUCAUCACAAUUUGUAAAAUAUAUUGUUCAAACUGGAGAAAAGUGUAAUCGUAUCCGGAUAUAAUAUUUUGGGUAAAUAUCGAGCUGUGUUAUGAAAUUUUAGGAAAAAAAACUAAAAACAAACUAAAAUUGGUAGACUAUACUGUCAGUACAUCAAUCAUUAGCCGACUCAGGCCAUUCAGGCCUUUGAUUUAUUUUCCCUAAGCACAAACAUUGUACUCCUUAUCAUUUAUAUUUGACUUUCUCCCAACACAUAUCUUUUAUGUUAUGCAGAGAUAUUGCAUAUCAAUUUAUCAUGUCAUUUAAAUUCAGUGGUAUGGGGAGACAUGUGCUUUUGUUAAAAGCAAUCUCAAGUUCUUGUUUAAAUUUAUAUAUAUUUACAUAUUUUACUUUUUAUAUAUUGGUGCUUUUCUAUUUGCAGUGUAUAUUUUUGUCUUGUUUUAGUAGACUAAUUUGGUUUACUAGUUGUUUUAGAAGAUAGACAGUUAGAUAGAUAAAUGGAUUUAUGGAUGAUUUAUUUACCUACCUAUAGUCAUGAAAUGCUCUCGUAUAUUAACACAUAGUUAUGUUAAUUACUUAAAAGUUAUGUUAAUUACUUAAAAGUUAUGUUAAUAACUUAAUAUACAAUACAAUAUUUAUGUUAUGGUCAUUAAAGCAUAAUAGAUAAAAGGAUACUAAGAAAUCUACAGAUUUAAGUCCUGUACAUAACUGACUUUUAUGAUAUCUGUGACUGUACAAAGGAUAUGGUUACUCUUCUGCAGCAAGGGGUUGCAACAGCUAAAAAUGGAAAAAGAACUGUAAACAACUUCUUCUCAUAAACAGCUUCUCUCAUGACAAAUCUAGAUCUUUUGCCCCCUUGACUACUCCAAUUUGCCUUUCAAACCAGUAAAAAGCUACUCACAAUUUGCCAUUCAAACUAGUAAAAAAAUUCUACUCCAAUUUGUCAUUCAAAACCGUAAAAUACUGUUCUAUUUGCAUUAAUACCAGUAAAGUACUAUUCUCUUUGCAUUUUUUGGCAUUAAAGCUUUUGCUUCUACGACUUCAUCACCCUCAUAAUAUUUCAAGUCAGCAUUUGGCACUAUAUAUCACAGUUAGAAAUAAAGUUAAUGCAACAUUUUCAUAUUUUUGUGGGGUUUUUUUUUCUGCUUAAAAUUAUAAAUAUACUAUGAUGAUGUGUAUACAUAUUUGUUAAAAUAUUGACUAUUUAAUGUUCUGUUGAUCCUAUAAACAGGGUCUCAUAUUAUGGUGUAAUUGGGGUCCCAAAUUUUGUGCUCAGUUGUAGGCUUAAUUUUAUAUUUGUAAUUUUUAGCUUGUAUUUGCAGCCAUGUCACAAAUUGGUUAAACUUUUUUUAUAUAACCUGGUAUCUCCAAAUGGUUUGAAACUUCACGUUCUUGUUCACUGUUAUAUAAGACAUGCAUUUCACUAUUUCAGCACUCAAGAUUACACUUUCACAAAGUACCAGUUGUGCCAUUUUUUAGCUCGACUAUUCGAAGAAUAAGUAGAGCUAUCCUACUCACCACGGCGUCGGUGUCGGCGUCACACCCUGGUUAAGUUUUUCGUACCAGUCCACAUUUUGACAAAAUUUUGAGAUAAAGCUUUGAAACUUUCAACACUUGUUUACCAUCACCAUGUCCAGUUAUAGGCAAGAGUACAUAACUCUGUCAAGAAAUUUGACUGAAUUAUGGCCCCUUUUGACUUAGAAAUCUUGGUUAAGUUUUUCGUACCAGUUCAUAUUUUGACAAAGUCUUUUGAGAUAAAGCUUUGAAACUUUCAACACUUGUUUACAAUCACCAUGUCCAGUUGUAGGCAAGAGUACAUAACUCCAUCAAGCAUUUUGGUUGAAUAAUGGCCCCUUUUUGACUUAGAAAUCUUGGUUAAGUUUUUCGUACCAGUCCACAUUUUGACAAAGUCUUUUGAGAUAAAGCUUUGAAACUUUCAACACUUGUUUACCAUCACAAUGUCUAGUUGUAGGCAAGAGUACAUAACUCCAUCAAGCAUUUUGACUGAAUUAUGGCCCCUUUUGACUUAGAAAUCUUGGUUAAGUUUUUCGUACCAGUUUAUAUUUUGUGUAAAGUGUUUGACAUAUGGCUUUGAAACUUUUAUAUCUUGUUCAGUAUAAUGGUCUCUAUCAAUAGGCAAGAGUACGUAACUCUCUCGUCUUUUUUGGCUGAAUUAUGGCCCUUUUUGAACUUGGAAAUUGGUUCUGUUUUGUAUAUGUCCAUGUUUUGUCAAGACUAUUUGACAUAUGGCUUUUAAACUUUAAACACUUGUUUAUCAUUAUGAUUUCCAUCUGUAGGCAAGAGUACAUAACUCUGAAAACUAUUUUGACUGAAUUAUGGCCCUUUUUGGACUUUGAAAUUUGUUCAGUUUUUCUUACAAGUCAGUGUUUUGUCAAAACUAUUUGAACUGUGGCUUUGAAACUUUUAACACUAGUUUAUCAACAUGAUUUCCAUCUGUAGGCAACAGUACAUAACUCUGUCAACUAUUUUGACUGAAUUAUGGCCCUUUUUGGACUUGGAAAUUAGUUAAAUUUUUCAUAUAAGUCCAUGUUUUGCCUAACAUAUAACUUAACAUAUUUGCCAUCAUGGUCACACAUUGCCAUUUAGUGCAAGACUAAUCGAAAUCCACAAAUACAGGAACAUUUUUUGUUUAAUCCAUUUUUUUGUUUAGUCUGAAAAUCUAUGGAAAUAUUUUGACCCCAUUCUUCAAUCAAUUCUUCAAAUAGUUGAGCGCGCUGUCAUCCGAUAGCUCUUGUUUAACUAAGCAGUUUUAGGUGAAGUUUUAAGUAUGUAAGGUGGUAUCUCAAUAUCCACUAAAAGGAGUAGAUUGAAUCUUGACACUUUGUUCAUUAUGAUGAUCAGAUUCCAUAACUGCUUUAGUUUGUUAAAAAUCUGUACUCCCUUUUAACUUUAGUAUUUAUUCAUUCAGCUUCUUCAGUGACAAAGCUUUUGAAUCAUCAAGCAUUUGUGUCCACCAACAUCUCUGAUAAGCCUUUAAAUAAUAAUUGAGCCGUGCCAUGAGAAAACCAACAUAGUGGGUUUGCAACCAGCAUGGAUCCAGACCAGCCUGCGCAUCCGCGCAGUCUGGUCAGGAUCCAUGCUGUUCGCUUUCAGAUCCUAUUGCAAUUAGAGAAACUGUUAGCGAACAGCAUGGAUCCUGACCAGACUGCGGGGAUGCGCAGGCUGGUCUGGAUCCAUGCUGGUCGCAAACCCACUAUGUUGGUUUUCUCAUGGCACGGCUCAUAUAUUGUUUGCUGAAGUUCCUUAAAAUCAGUUUCACAGAACAAUGGAACUACAAUGGAAAACAGACAUAUGGUGAAAAUAACACAUUUGUAACAACUUUUUACAGAAUUCUGGAAAUGUAACCAAAGAAAACGUGUGUUUACUGUUGUUAAGGGAAAACUAGAUUUGUAAAAACGAGUUUAAAUUAUUGUUUAUCUAAAGUAUCCGUGCAUAUUUUUCAGCUUUAUUUUGACUUGUUUUACAAAAAGUAAUAUUUUAAACAAAGGUUUAUUCAUUCUUCAUUUCACUACUCAAAGAAUAGGCUACACUGUUGUAGUCAACCAUUUGUUGGACUCAUUGUGUCAGUUUGGUUAAGCUUAUAUCUCAGAAAACACUAGAGAAAAUAGAUUGAAACUUUACACAUUAUUGUAAAUACAACAUUCUUUGUCAGUAUUUCAUAGUAUAGCUUGUACACUUUUGUUUAUGUUCCAGAAAGCAUUAUCUGAUUAAGUGUUUUGAAAUGUCAUUAAUUCCCUUUAAUUAAUUAUAUAUGUUUAAAGGUACUCCUAUUAUUUAAAUGUACAUAUAUAAAGUUAUCAGUUUUGCUUAAAUAACAUAUCUGCUCAUUUUUAUAUACAUCUAGUCCUUUAGCUGAUUUAGUAAUGUAUUUGUAUUUAUGCUAAAUGUAAGAUUUCAUUUGUCUCCCUUUCCAUACUACUCGGAAUGCUUGAGGAAAACUUGAGAGAAUGAGUUAGAGGAAAACUUAGCAGUAUAAAUUUAGUAGGGGAAACUUUCGGAGUGUUAGUUGAGAGAGAAAUGGGGCCUCUGUGGCCCGGUGGUUAAGGUUGCUGACUUUAAACUUCUUGCUCCUAACUGAUGUGGGUUGUCCCUCAUUUCUUCAUGUGAGGAAGCCAUCCAUCUGGUUUUAUUAUUAUUAUUAUACCAGAUUUAUAUAGCGCCCUUUUCAUGAUCAAUUUCACGUUCAGAGGCGCUUUACAUAGUUCAAAUGCAGCCACACAGGGCACAUAAUUCAUCCUCUACUAGUACAGACACAGAGCGAUCUGACCAGAGGGACAGAGUGAGACAAAGCCCCCACGACAGAGAGAUCAGAAAUCAGAUACAGGCUUGUCCGGCUAACUUAGCCUAGCACUUUGUGAAUAGACAGCCUGUUUCUUUAACGUGCCCAGUGUAUAGCACUGAUACACGCAAGGAUUGCCUAGGUUCCUGACCAGUACACCUCUAGCUUAUGGAAGGUCGGUGGUUCUACCCAGUUGAUGAAAUAAUGCCCCAAGGUGCACCAGGGGUCUUCCUCCACCAUCAAAAGCUGGAAAGUUGCAUAUGAGCUAUGACUGUGACAGUAUGACAUUAAACCCAACAAAAACAAAACAAAAAAAGUUGAUAGAGAAGUUCUUUGGAGUGUUAGUUUGGUAGUGUAACCUUGAGAGUGUUAAUUUGGCAUGGAAAAACUUAGGAAUGUUAGUUUGGUAAUGGAAAAAUUGGGAGUGUUAGUUGAUAGAAGAGAACUUGGGAGUGUAAUUUUGGUAGGGGAAAACUUGGGAAUAUUAAUUGAUAGAUAAAAUCUUGGGAGUGUUAGUUUGGUAGGUGUUAAUUUGGUAGGGAAAACUUGGAAGUGUUAGUUUGGUGGGGGAAAACUUGGGAGUGUUAGUUAACAUUUUUUGUGAAUAAAUGGCAAUAUGGAGAAUAUGCUCUUGAUAUAUUUUGUCUUUUCGACUGUCCAUUUCUCCAUCCUUCAGUCGCAAAAGAUAGAUCCAGCAUUUACUUUUAUAGUUACUGUACAAGAGAUUUUGUCAUAAAACCAGUUUUAUAGAUGGUGCAUUAUUUGGAAAAUAAGCAAGUCUUUCACUUCAGUUCAAUAUAAUUAUGAAAAUAUGGUAUUUGUACUAGCAAAUAUGACAAAUGUUGCUAUUGGUAAGGAGCUUCUAUUUCUAAGGAGUUGUCUUGGUAAAUUCCAUGUUUUUUUACACAUUGCUUUCUCUGUUGAACACAGAAAAUGAACUGAUUUUUGUCCUAUAUGUGAAUGUAUAGUACCUGCUGUAGCAGGUUAUAGUGUCGGAACAAGUAACUAAUUUUUAGUGAAGCUACGACCCUUACACUUACAGUGACUUACUUUUUUGCAUACCAUUUACAUUUCCUCGACUUUGGAUGAAGAAAUUGUUGUGAUGUUGUCAUAUUUUUAAUUUCCAGUGUUUUGCUCUUCAUAUAUACUCUAUCCUGUGAAAUCACUAUGACUGCUGCAACCAGGUAUCAGGCAAUGGUAUGUUUAUACAGUGUUUUCCCUGAGAUUUCACUUAACACUUAUAAUGCUUCAAGGACUUAACACUUGUAAUGCUUCAAUGAUUUGUGGUUAUAUGUGGUAUAUUUCAUGUUCUUGCCAGGGUUUGAUAAUUCAUUCCAGUAACAGAAUAAUAAUAUAUUUUAUUUAUUUAUCUUAACAGUUCAUUUUGUAUGCACAUUAAUGCGUUUUGUGAACUAUCAUUUAUACUCUACAUAUUAAAAUGGAAAAAUA